GGUGCAGCCCGGCGCUGCUCGCAGCGAGCUGCGCGGCGCGGGGAAGGGCGCUGGAAGCCAGAAAGAGCCAAAAGGUGGUGGAAGGCGCUAGCUCUGAGGUGGGGAGAAUCGCUGUGCUGUGCUGGGGGCUCUCUGGGCUCGGGCUCAGAGCGAGAACCGGCUGGCGAGAGGGAGGAAGAGGAGGAUUCCCCUCCGAGAAGCCUUCUUCUCGCCUUACCGCAGCCCCAGGCAGCAGUUAGCUGAAGAUGCUUAUUGCAUAGUUAUUGAUUUGAACUCUUGUCCCAGGGCUUGCCUUUUGCAGUCAGCCGCUUUGCUGCGCUUAGCAUGAAGCAUAGCAGCGCUAGUGGCACUUAACGUUUGGCAGAAGCAUUUUCUAGCUUAAAAUCUGCUUUUGUCUAUCUGGAUGGCUUACACUAUUUACAGCAACUUGUGCAGCACGGGCUGUCUUUCUGUACUGCUGACAGCACGGGGCUCUUUGUGUGGGGCUUUUAAAACAAAGCUGGAGCACAGACAUGCAGGCAAGUAGCAAAUGGAGAAGGGUCUGGGUAGAAACUUAGCUCCUGAGCUGAGCGAGAUGCUUAGGGGCAACAGUUUGCACUGUUUUGAUAGCUUCUUGUCCAGAAGGCUCUCAUCAGUGUUGCAGCAGGGAAUCAAAAGAUGAUUCAGUUUUUCUCAGAAUAAAUUAAAAGGCCAACUGGUCCUCUCCAUGUUUUGAAUGUCACAGAAUGCAGUUAAUGGUUUUUGAGUGGAAGAGGCGUUUUUUCAGUCUAACGGACUUCAAGUUGUAAAGCAUAGGCUGGUGGAAGUGGGAGGUUAGCUCAUUAAUUCGUGCAGUCAGGAGUGAAGGUAGACCUGUUUUCUGCCUGUUUUGUCUAUAGGGGCUGUAACAGGCUUGAAACACUACUCCUCAUCUGAAGGAAACCUGUACGUUUAAUACAGAUGCAGUCAGCUCUGCACUGAAAUGUGGGUCAGUAUGCUAGCAUGGCCAAGGAAGAGAUUCUCCUUGGAGUGCUACAGAGCAACGGAUUGUAUCAGUGAUCAGCAUGAAUAACUCUUUGUGCACAAAGUGUGACGGUCAAUAAAUAAAUAAACAAAUGUUGCUGUGGGGACCUUCAGUCUGGGGAAAAUAUGAUACUGAUUUCAUGCAGGCAGCAGUGAAGUUCAGUCAAUCUCCUAAAAUUGGUAGAAUCUGGCAUAGAAGGUACUGAACUGAGCAAGAGGUUGUAACUGUUUCAGAGUUCUACGGAAAUGGUUCAAAAAAAUAAUGCCUCCUAUUUAUUUCAAUGGAAACUACAACAGAUACAAAGAGCACAAUAACACUGUUUGAUAAAGCAGAUGUUCAGCUAAAAAAUACUAAUUUGCAACAUAGUCACCACAUUUUUGCCAACCAUGACCAACAGUGUGCAUGCCAGGCUAGUAAACAUCUGCAUAGCCGUCUGGAAUAUGGCUUGUCUUUCACCUUGCUGUCUGUCACCACUGCUGAAACACACCUCCCACUGCGCUCACAUCCACUGUUUGGCCUCCAUAAACGUUCAGCAAUGGUCAAUGAACAUCAAUGGGUGCCAUUUUUUCUGCAUGGAGGAAUUCAGUUCCACACCUUCACUUUGUACACACCUCCACGUCAGACACCAUUGUGUCAGACUGCCCUUCUGCUGCCACCUGUCACACAGCAACAACAUGUGACAGAACGUUGCUGGGAAGUUUCAACCUCUACUGCCAUAUCACCAACGUCCACCUCUGAUGUGGUGGGCCAACGUAAUGAAAUAGGAGGCUUUGCUUUCAGAACAGUCCUUGUAUAUAGAUGAUGACUAUAGAAUCGCUGCUGUCAGAUGACUGCUCUCUAUGGACCAAUGAUUGUUCCAGCAUGGAGCAGUGUAAAGUAAGAGCUGAGGGAAAGAAUGUAAAGGAAUGUCAAUAAUGGCAGCAGGUUCAACAAACGUGAACUCAAUAGCACUCCAGAAACAAAAUGAGGACAACUUUGGCUUAGCUCUUUGGGGGCACUGAGGAAAGCAAACAGAAGUUAAAACAAGUAAAUACAAAGUGAAGAGAGGAAAUGGAGGACAUGUGAUACCACAUACUGGCUGUGAAUUGUGGGAAAUUAGAUUUUUCCCUGACAUCUUCGCUUUCUCUAAAUUAGGUUAGUAGGAACCAGCACAAUUCAAAGGAAGUGUUCUGUGUUGUAGAAACAAAAUAAUGCGUAUCUAGCAACUGCAUACUCAUUUUGGAAGUAAAAAGGAUAAGAUCAUAAAGAUGAUGUAGGAAGAAAAGCACAGUGGUUUCGGUUAAAUGUUCUUCCACAUUUGGAAGGAGGAUGAAUUCUGGUAUAUAGGAACAUCUGAUGUAGUAUUAUAACUAAGUAACUUGUUUUGUUAGAUUAAAAUUUAUGGGGGAAUAAAGUUUUGUAACAAUUGGAGAUUAAAUUCACCGAUUGGUUAGAAUAUCUCUGCUCAGUGGUGCUAAUUUCCAACAAACAUCAGUGAAAUCACUGACAAUGGGAAAGAUACUGUUGAACGAAUAUCCUAGGGAACUGUUAUCAAUUUAUUUUAAUAUCAGUGGUAAGUUGUUGGAGAAGCCUCCUGUCUGACCAAGUCUUAGUGGUUGGUUAUGGAGUAUGAAACUUCCCAGAAUAGCUUUCAGAAUAAUGUUAUUAUAGAAAAGGAUAGCGCUGGCAAAAAUAACAGGAACUAAAGCACCAGACAGGAAAUUGCUCAUCCCAGAUGGAAGCAAACUUGUAAGUUCAUGUGGUUCCUUCAAGCAAGGAUAUUAAUCUGUAUCCUAGAAUGGAGGUAGUCCCACCUCCAAGAGGGUACAGCAGGAUUGCGUUCCCUUUGGUUUGAAACUCAGUGGUCGGGAAAUCUGUUUACAAAGAGGAAAGCACUCCCAAGUAGUCUUGCAAGUCCCAAAGGACUCCAAGACCCUUGCUUUCUGAAGUCUUUUUUUCUGUACAAAGCCAGCUGACUUAGGAAAUAGAUAUCAAACAAGCCUAGCAUGAUUCUCAUUUGGAAAAAAACAGGCUCCAUUUUGUCUUAUAUAUAUUAUUGCUAUUAACAUUCUCUUCAGAAUUUCUUCAAUUGAGAUUGGAGGCUUACAAAUUUUUUAGGAAAAAAAAAUUCUCAAAAAAUCAAGUGAAUAUUCAAUAAAUCUGGGCUGUAAGUUAGGAGAAUCCCUAAGGCCUGACUUCCCGGAUGGUUGGGAACCAAGUCACAGAAGGGCAAAUGGAAGAAGUCUUCCUGUCUGGCAUUUGGUAGCCACAGGGUGGAUGAGUGUAGAGCUAAGAAGGCAAGUACUUCUUUAUCUGAUCUAUUUUCCAAUUAAUUAUUUGCAAUUGUUUUAUUUUCCAGGGACAGCAAAUGUGAUUGCAAAUAGUAAAUAGAAACCUGCCUCCACAGCAAUAGAUGCAUUUCUGAUUUAUUAUUAUUAUUUUUUUUUUUCUGAUUACAAAAGUGUCCUUGUGAUUCCCCGGGAAACAAUGAACUAAUGGAUUAAAACCUGGUUAACAACAAACCCCAGAAGUAGUUAUCAAAGGAAAUCAUGAUUCAACAGCUGUGCUUCCAGCGGUAUUCUGCAACAGGUCUGAUGGGAUUAGGUAUUUUCAAUAAUGAUCUAAAAAACAUUUAAAAAUCAUUCUGAUUUACAGAUGGAGUUUGUCAGUGCUAGGAGGAGCAGUACAAAUACCAAUUAAGUCAGAGGAAAAAGCCUAAGGAAGCCAAGAGUGGUUGGAAACAUAAAGAGCAAAUAAUAGGCUUCAAGCCAGCUUGUAAAAGAACAGCUAAUGUAACUUUGGGAAGAAAGCUGGACAUUCAGAUACUGAAUGGACUAGAAAGAUUUCCAGGCAAUUUUGCCUUGGAAAAAAAAAAUGCAAAGGCAUGUGGGUAUAUACAUAUGUGUAUGUGAUAGUCCUAACUCACAGAUUAUUUACUUUAUCAUAUGCACGGCUGCAUUGCAUGGUAGACAGGAAAAAGUUGUUCUCUAGGCAAUCUCCGUGUGGCCAAGCAAACCUAUGUUUGCCUCUUCAGUUUUGUUUACCAGAAACAUGUAGAAAAUGUUCAAGGAAUUCUUGAAGAAUAGAUUUAAGAGGCUGGAGAACUGAAAAGGGGAAGGUUGCAAAAGCUGUUAGUGACAGUCUUUGGCCUUUUCUAAGUUGUUUAACUGGCUUAGUAUGGUGCAAAAAUACCAACUUUGGUCACAUUCCUUCUUUUCCCAGGACAUCUUUGUAUCUUUAACACCUGCUGGUUUGAGAGCAACAAGUGAACCCAACUUUGCAGUUAACAUUCCCUUUUACUAACCUCUUGUGCUCGCUGGCUAUGUACCACUGAGCUGGAUCUGACUUGAAGUGGCUUGAGAUAGGAGCCAGCUUCUUUCAGCACUACCUGCUCAAGGGGGCUGGGAUGUGGCUAAGGCAGAAGGGGUUAGGCUGAAUUUGAGGGUGAACUGAAUGAUGCUGAGAUGAAAUUGGUUGGCAAGCCAAUCUACAAAGGAUUAUUGUUGCUUGAAAGCAAUCAAACUACAAUUGUAAAAUUCUGGAUUAUGUUCACAAGAGAAACACCCGGGUUGAUUUUGUGAAAGAUGAGUUAGAUGGGACCGUUUCUUAAAUUAUGUUUACAUACCUUCUUGUGAGGUGAGUGUGAGAAUUGUCUUUCUCUCUCAGCUUGGCAGAAACUUCCCUGAGCACAGCUGAAGUGUUAUGGCAGGUACUUCCAAUAUGCUUGUGUGUGGAGCAUCAGAGCCCAAAGCUGUGCUUCUGCUGUCAGUUUAGCUGGACAUAAGUCUGUGCUUCAGAGAUGAAAGAGGGGCUUGUCCUUGGCUCUAGCCUUGGUUUGGCUUUUUUUUUGUUGCUGUUGUAGUUAUUUGUUGUUGUUGUUUUUUUCCCUGAAAUAAUUUUCAGCUUAUCUGGCUUGAAUGCCAACACCAGCCCAAGUGACAGAACAGGAGAAAAGGAGGAGUCACAGGUACCAAACCAAAGAUGUCCACAACAAGGAAAAUUCUACUCAUACUAGGAUUCCUCUCCACUUUGGCUGCAAUUGCUUUAAUUACUGUAGCAGUGACCCAAAACCAGCCACUUCCGAAGAAUAUCAAGUAUGGGAUUGUGCUAGAUGCGGGGUCAUCCCACACAAACCUGUACGUGUACGAGUGGCCAGCAGAGAAGGAGAAUGACACUGGAGUGGUGCAGCAGGUGGAGGUGUGUAAAGUCGAAGGCCCAGGGAUCUCAGGUUACUCCCAGACCACAGAGAAGGCAGGUCCCUCUCUGGUGCAGUGCCUCAGACAAGCAGAAGGGGUGAUUCCCUUAAAGCAGCACCAAGAGACACCCGUCUACCUCGGAGCAACUGCUGGCAUGCGGCUCCUCAGGUUGGAAAAUAAAGAUGCAGCUGAAAAAGUCUUGUCCUCAGUAGAGAAGACACUACGCUCAGCUCCCUUCAAUUUCCAGGGCGCCAGAAUCAUCAGUGGUCAGGAAGAAGGAGCCUAUGGAUGGAUCACCAUUAACUACUUACUUGGUAAUUUCAAGCAGUCUGGCUGGAAAAAAUUUCUACAUUCCCUGAAAUCCGUAAGUGAAACUUCAGGAGCGUUAGACCUUGGAGGAGCCUCAACACAGAUUACCUUUGUACCAGAUGAAAUCUCUUCUGAGUCGCCACAGAAUUUGCUGUAUUUCCGCCUCUAUGGCAAGGAUUACCGAGUGUACACGCACAGCUUCCUUUGCUAUGGGAAGGACCAGGCUCUGCAACAGAAACUGGCCAGGGACUUACAGAGCACAGAGAACAGCAGCCUCUUUGAUCCGUGCUUUCACCAAGGAUAUCAGAGAACUAUAAGUGUCAGCAAUUUCUUCAAAAACCCCUGUACGUCAGUCGAGAAAAAACAAUUCCCUUUCAGCCAGCUGCAUAUUGAAGGAGAGGGGAAUUAUGAAAAAUGCCGAAGAAACAUCCAGAAUCUCUUUAACAAAACCGACUGUCCUUACUCCAGCUGCUCCUUCAAUGGGAUAUAUCUACCUCCAUUACAGGGGGACUUUGGGGCCUUUUCUGCUUUCUACUUUGUGAUGAACUUUUUGAACCUGACAAGUGAUGACCCCUUCACCUUGGACGAAGUGGCCAGUGCUAUUAAGAAAUUCUGCGCCCGACCUUGGCAUGAGGUGAAGCUACAGUAUCAUCAAAUAAAAGAAAAGUACCUGAGUGAAUAUUGCUUUUCUGGAGCCUACAUCCUCUCCCUACUGGAAAAUGGCUAUGAAUUCACUACAGAAAACUGGAAAAGGAUCCACUUCCUUGGAAAGAUCGGCAGCAGCGAUGCAGGCUGGACCCUGGGCUACAUGCUGAACCUGACCAACAUGAUUCCUGCGGAGGAGCCUCCUGCACCUCCUCUUUCCUAUGGCAGCUAUGUGGGGCUGAUGGUUCUAUGCUCCCUUGUGCUGGUAUCAGUGAUCCUGCUUGCCUGGCUUCUCUUCCACAAGCCCAAGUGCCUGCAGAAAGGGGUUGUCUAGGAAGAGCUAUGGAGGGAGAGGGGCCCCAGCUGCUCAGGGCUAGGAGCCCACUGAAGACCAGGUUGUAGCGCAGAGUCCCCCUCUCUGAAGCUACUGACUGUGUACAACAAGGGCAUUUGUCUCUUUUAACUCUCACUUGCACUGACAGAUGUUGGGACACCAGGCUCGCCACCUCUCUGCCAAGGACAGACAAGCGAGCAUUCCCUUCUUGAAUGGGUCGUAUUUUCAUUCACUGAAACUCUGCUGCUUGUUUUUUAUUGCCUUGUGCACAGCAUUAUGAAGAGAAAAGCAGCACCAAUCUUUGGGAGCCAAUGCUCCUGCAAGAGUAAUCUCAGGGUCCCACGUGCCACUGAGCUCUUGGGAGUGAUCACACAGGGUGAUCCGGUUCCUCCUCUGCUGAGGCUGUUCCCAAGAGCCAUUCCAGCAGGGAAACUGCACCAGCACACCUCUGCUUGCCAGGCAUGGUCACUUGUAGCCAGCUAGCCCCCAAAGGCUGGUCAUGCUCCCAAAUGUCACUCUGGGACAAGAAGGGAUGGGAAUGAAGAAACUGAGCGUGCUGGUGGUUAUCAGUCCUUAGCUGGGCUCUGGCAGCGGUCUGCUCCUUUCACAGGUGGCAAGAAGCCUCUUUCCCACGUCUUCCUGAUGUUGUUGCUGGACCAAAGCUGGCUCACUGUUACACUGAGCCAUUCCCAUGUCCCUAGGGUGACUGUGCAUCAAGACAUGAGAUUAUUGUAGGAAAAGUUCAUCCUGACCAAGGAUUCUUGAUAAGUAGUGAGCACAUAUAUCUACAGGAACUGUGAUCUGAUCAGCGUGCCUCUAAGUAUACACCCACUAAAACAAUCCAGUGUCACUGUGCUGAUCAUACAGCAGUCUCUGACCUAGGGAAUAUGUUUAUUGGGCCAUUUCCCUUCGUAAAAAAGACAGCUGCUAACAGCCAGCGUGAGCACACACACAGCCACUCUUUCCAUCAGCAAAAGCAUGGAAAAUUUGCCUUUCUUUCCCUCAUGGCUUAGGCUACUCCCCAAACAGUAACACCUAGGUGCUAUAAGUGCACUCACUACAGCCCAUCAUCUAACGCACAACUAGAUGGUGCCACUGAUCAGGUUUAUGAAUCACUUUCUUCUGUUUCCCAUUCCUUGGUCCAAAACAGAGAGGUAAGUCAGCAAUCAAUUUUUAUGGCAAUUGGAAACCACUGGUGCCUGUUUACCUCCCAAGGAAUCUAAGCAAUCUCUUCUCCUAAUGAUACUUGUGUGCUGGAGGCCAAAAGAAAGCAGAUACUGUGGAGAGAAAGGCAUGGCACAGUCACCUUUGCCUGUUUCCUUGAGCAAAGCUGCAGGAAAAGCAGGAGAUGCAACAUGAACGAAGCUUCCUCCUUUGGGCAAACACAGAUGUAGAGCUCAGGGCUUUUGUGCUCUCCCAGCUUGUCCUUCUGCACAGUGCAGGCUGGAAAAUGUCCCCUACUUAUUUCUAGUUCAUGCCUGGAAGUAGGAGUCAUGACAUACUGAAGGUAAGGGGGAAAAUAUACCCUGUCCUAUGGUAAGAUGUUAGGGCAUUUCUUCAAAAAAUGUCUUAUUUUUGCUCUGAAUUAGCUGGCUUUAGCUUCUAAUGGACCUUGAUCCAUCAAUUUCGAAAAGACUAGCUCUCUGCUAUCAAAAUCCUUUCUAUUCUUGUUGGUGCUUGGAAGUCAGCAUUGUAUCAUAUUAAAUAUUUACCUUCAUUCUGUAA